AUGGAAGAUGUUGUUGAAGACCUCGGAUAUGAUAUCGCACUACCCAUGGUAGAUCACAGCCUCUCGUCUGCUACAGUAGCAGGGCGUGCAGCCAUAAAACUUCACCAGGAUAUCGAGCGGCUGGCCAUGGCAGAGUCAACUAUGGAAACAGCGAAAGCAUGUACAGAGUCCCAGAGGCUACUUUUUAUUUUCAUAACAACAUACGCGGAUCGUAUGAAUGUAAAGUUAGUACUCGCUGCUGAUACCCUUCAUCACAUGCCUCUAAAUGAGCAGGUGUUGGCAAUCCUAUCAGAUGUGGGGCUCCGAGAAAAAGUUGCUGCAGGACAGUGGGUGAGCGGUUAUAAGCUCACUAUUUCACUGUCUGUAGGCGAUGAUGUUUGCGAGGUGUUCUGCGAAAAAGGUGCGGUAGAACUACGGUCUGAGACAAUCGAUGUAGAUUUGCGUGCAGCCCUGCCGGCGGUCUGUCGUGCUGUGCUGCAAGAGCAGUCGGGUACUAAAAGGUCGAGGCUGUCUACUAAGCUCUUUUUGAGUAUGAAAAACCAGGAGCAUGGUGACGUCUACAAGCGGAGUGUUCGCAUAGACCCUGCCUUGUUCAGCUGCUUUAGCCAGCUCACUCCCCUCACAGCUUCGUCUGCAUAUUAUCGUACUGGAGAGGGAUCUGGUUCCAAGGGCUUUUUGUUCGUGAGCACUCACAUCCAUAGCAAAGAAAGCAUACUAUCUACCAUAUCUACUCACCUGCGUACUGGCUUUCGUCCAUGCUCGCUUACUGAUAGGCUCAAGCUCCCGAUCGAAUCCAGCAACAAAUACAAGAGCUACGCAGAUUGCCUUAGAAUUUAUAGCCUCCUUGAAGACCAAGGGCUUCUGAAAUUGUGUACGGAUGAGAACGAAAAGGUGGGCACGACGCUAGAUGUUGGGAUUCCUUCGGAGACCCUUGCAUCCUGGGUAGAAGCCAAUGACUCCGAUUGCGUAGACUCCAGUGAUCAAUUAAGUAUGCAAGCGUCCUGUGUACCGAUAGUCCUGUCAUGCAUGCCCACAAUCAGUCAAUAUCUAGAUAAGUUUGAUCCUUCUGGUAUGUGGCGAGACAUGCAACCGAAGGAGAUACGAGAGAAGUUGCUCCAAAAACAGGGCUUGCUUCAAAGUGCGCAGCAGAGAUUGAAACAAUCCAAAGUACUGGAGAAAGUUGGGAGCCCAGGUGGGUUUGAUUAUGCGUUACGAAGGCUCACAGACGGCAGUGACCUGCUUGGCGGGAUGCACUACCUUAUGAAGCCAGGGGCCGAGCACCGACUUGACGAAACAUGUGACUUGGAAGCUCUCUCACAGCAGUUAAUUCAAACCGCUGGUCCAGAGUUCGUGCGAGGAUCUGUUGGUAGCGCACUUCUGGGCCGGUAUAGACAAGAUUCCCUGCUCUAA